UACUACUCAUUGAAGCAUAUCAUAGCCUAAGUAAAGGGUGAAAUAUCUUUUAGUGAAAAGUAGAUAGAUGUCCAUGAUGCUAGGCCAAGAAGUAAAGGGAUCAAGAUGUCAAGAGUGUGGGAACCAAGCCAAGAAGGGUUGUGCAUACUCAAGGUGCAGAACUUGCUGCAACAACAAAGGUUUUCAGUGCCAAACCCAUGUUAGAAGCACUUGGAUUCCUGUCGAUAGAAGGCGCCACCGAUUAAUGGAGCAUCAACCACCUCCCACAACUAAUAAUCCACACCACCUUCAUGAAGAUAUCCCUCAAAGCCACAACCAGAACCCAUUUACAAUCUAUUUUUCAGGUUUAGAGGAGUUGAAAUUUCCAGAAGCUAUGAGUUCCAUGGCGGUAUUCAGCAGUGUUCGCGUGCGAUCCAUGGAUGACUCGGUUAAUGAAAUGGCCUAUCAAACAUCUGUGAACAUUGGAGGACAUAGAUUUAGUGGGAUUCUUUAUGAUCAAGGCCCUGAACAACAAAGCCUUAAUGCUAGCCCUCUUGAUCAGCAUCAAAAUCUCAAUCUUACCACAAUCCACAGCCAUGAUGGUGCAACUAUGGCUCCACCAUCAUCAUCAGCCACUGCUGCUCAUGAACUUUUUUUUCCUCAGCCGCGCUCAUUAGCUUCCUUCAGGUCUGGUGUGCCAUAUUUUUCACACACAAAACCAUAAUUUCUUUCUGGAUAGUGAAAAGCAUGAAAAUGUAAUAAUCACAUACGUGAAAAGAAUAGCUAGAAGGAACAUUGAUGAUGGAGUUCUUACUAAUUCAGCUAGCACCUCUUGCAGGACAUUGUAAUUCAGUAUACUUCUGAAAUCUUUGUAGAGUUGAUUUUGAGACCAAAAUCAAUUUUGAAGAGAAACUUAUAUAGCCAGCUUCUGAAUCGUAUAAUUUGUUAGAAGUCCCACAUUGGCUAGAAAUAGAGCCAAGAUAAGCUUUAUAAGGGUAGUGCAAACCUCAACUCUUAAGCUAGCUUUUGUGGUUGAGUAUAGGUCUUCCAAUUUCUAAUAUGGUAUCAGAGUCUAUCCUAGAUCCAUUUGUUGUGGAGACCACCCAUAUUUGGGCCACCCGUUGUUGAUCCCACGUUUCAGUCUGGUCCCACAUUGGCUAGAGAUAGAGCCAAGAUAAGCUUUAUAAGGGUAUUGCAAACCUCAACUCUUGAGCUAAAUUUUGUGGUUGAGUAUAGGCCUCCCAAUUUCUAAUAUGGUAUCAGAGUCUAUCCUAUAUCAAUUUGUUGUGGAGACCACCCAUAUUUGGGCCACCCGUUGUUGAUCCCACGUUCCGGUCUGUUCAAUCCAGGUUUCCCAAUUUCUAAUAUAAUUGAUUUCAAAGAAA